AUGCGGACCCCUCUUCAACUAGACUUGAUACAUUACUACUUCUUGGAACAAGAGGACAAGAUUUUCGGCUUUGCUAUACCCAGUCACAGAUGGCAAGCAGCUGACAUACAGAAACGCGCUGUUCAGACUGAGAGGCGGCUUAAUGGUCGGUUCAAAGGUCUGUUAGAAGUCACUUCCAUGGUCAACUUGAGCGCCCACACUAAAGUAGACUUCCUACAUCGUACCUUGAGCGACUUCCUCUCUACAAAACGCAUGAGGGAAAAGCUCGACUUCUGGGCCUUGGGAGAGCUCAACGUGUGCACCGCAAUAGGUCGUGCUCUGAUUGCCGAAUCCAAGUUCAUCGAUGAGCAUUCGUAUCUCUCCAAGCUGAAGCUAGCCGUGGAACUGGCGAGCCAAGGCGCCUCCGAAACAGACAAUACGGAACACUGCUUCGAGGUAAUUAACCAAGCAGAAGUAGAGAACGGGCGUACCAUCAGGCGUCAUACAAGUUGCGGUCUGAACUGUGAUAUCAUUCGGUUCGCUGCUUCGAUUGGCCACGCAGAUUAUCUCGAGUAUCGAGUAAACAAGAGUGGGCCUAAGAUAAGCCUCGAUCGUAUCCUCAGACAUACGGUAUCUCGCCCAGUUAAUUUCUUUGACGAGGAAUACGGCCUCCUGCCAUCUACUAUCGAGCGUCAUAACUCAUCCAGGAAGCCCAAGGAUCCGUUAGACCCUCCUAUCUCCCAGCCCGUCGGCAACUGCGUGUUGCCGUCAUUGGUAAAGCAGUUGCUUGAAUUAGGAGCGGACCCCAAUGCUGUCAUAGAUGGCAUAACCACCUGGACCGCUUUCGCAGGCGAAGUAACAAAGCUCAUGGACGGCGAGCAGAAAGAGCAAUGCUGGGCUGUUUUAGAGCUAUUCCUUGAGAAGGGCGCCAACUUGAAUGCAAAGACUGAGAUAUUGCUCGUAAUACUAGAUCGCAAGGAUGCUGAUUCUGAAGACAAUCUGCGGAACACAUUGAGAUACUUCAAGUGCCUCUUUGGAUACGGACUGGAUCCAAACGCCAUAACAUGGGAUGGAACACUGAUCAAAGAUUUCCUAUGCAGACUAACAAGGAAGUCUUCAAGUCUCUCUAGCUCCGUUUUCGGGAUCUAUCACUCACUCCUGCGCGAGUUCCUCCGAGCGGGCGCCGAUGUUUCCAUGAUCUACAAGGACAAGACCCGUCAUGGAUGGCUCAGAAGCGUUUGUCGAGAAUUACUUGGUCAAUCAACCUAUACCUUGUUCUCUAUCUGUAUCGUACAAUACCGGAUCUUUCUCGAACAUGGCUUAGACCCAAACAUGGCCACCGAUAGCGCCCGCACCGUAUGGGAAAGCCUUCUUGACGCCAUGAGUCUUGGCAUUCAGCAAGGCUCAGACGACUUGGAAUACUACCGAGCCAUUCGCGACAUGAUCCUUAUCUCUCUGCAGUAUGGGGCGGAACCCCAAGUUGGAACAUUUCAUCAAAUCCUUUCGUGGAUGAAAAGCAAUGAACUUUCGAAGCAUAGCGAUGUUGUUGCUCCUAUCGAUGGAGCGCUACAGAGAGAGAUCAAGCAUCGGGAAAGCCAAGAACAAUCACGUUACGACCACCGACCGCGUAACGAUGGGCCGUCAAAGACGGUAACGUUAAGAUCUUCAGACGUCACAUCCCGGGCGACUUCGCGAAAGGCGCAGCAAGUGGAGAAGCGCCGCCAUGGACAGUCGUCUGAUGGCGGAAGAGACGAACGGCCUAAACGCCUUCGGUUCAGUUGA